AUGGAAGAUGAAUCAGGUCGAUACCGCAUUAUUCAUAUCUGCUGCAAUCGUGGAAGGACUUACCGGAAAAGGAAUAAGAAUACUGAGCAAAGAGAGUCAAGAACUAGUGCAAUUAAUUGCCCAUUCCGCCUCUCAUUACACCCAACAGAUGACUACCAGCUAUAUCUUACAGCUGAGAAUACCAAUCAUAACCAUGGUCCAACAGAAAACCGUUCAGCACAUGCUUCUCAUCGCCGGCAAGAACUUAACCAGAGAGCUCCACAAAUCCAGAAUCAGCUACAUCUUGGUGUAAGACCACAACAGAUUAUCACAGGUCUCCGCAGGGAGGAUUCCCAAUCAUGCAUCAUUGAAAAAGACGUUUACAACUUUAUUCAAAAGACACAAUCAGAGUAUCUAGCUGGCCGCACAGCUAUGCAAGCAUUAAUUGACGAUCUUCCAAGAGAUGGAGUAUGGGAACUCCAAGUUGAGCUUGAUUCCUCUAAUUCUCCAACACUCUUAUUCUGCGCACAUCGGACUAGUAUUUCCUUACUUCAAACUAAUCCCUGGGUUAUUUCGAUGGACCCAACAUUUAAAACCAAUAAGUAUUCACUCCCGCUUUUUAAUAUUGUGGGAUUUGCAGCAACCGGUCAAUCGUUCCUUAUUGCCUGUGUUUUUAUUGAAGACCAAAAAGAAGACACCUUUAUUAUCGCUGCGGAAUGCUUAAAAAGACUUUACGCAUCUCUUCCUAGAUGUCCAUAUCCAACAACGAUUCUAACAGAUAAAGAUGACCGUCUACAAUCUGCUCUUCUUACAGUCUUCCCGCAAUCUCACAGAAUGAUCUGUAUUUGGCAUAUUAACCAGAAUAUCGCUAAACAUGCAAGACCAUUACUUAAUGAACAAACUAUUCUUGAUCGAACCAACAGUAUUAUCACUCCAGCUCAAAGAGAAGCCGAGCGAGAGAACGUCAAGGAAGGAUGGGAUAAUAUGCAUCGACGCUGGAACCGAUUGGUGUAUGCUAAAGAUACAGCGGAGCUUAAAGAGAAGUGGCAGUGGUUUCAGGACGAAUACAAGGAAUUUCCAAAUCUGGUUCAAUAUAUCCAGACUAAUUGGUUAGAAAGCUGCCCAGAACAGUUUCUCCGUCUCUAUACUUCCCAAUAUCUCCAUCUUGGAGAGUCAGCAACAUCGCGCACUGAAAGUAUGCAUUGGAUGCUUAAACGUGAGCUACAAGGCUCACAAGGGAAUCUUCUUGUCGUUUUACAACACUUUGAGCCUAUUCUUGAGCGCCGCUUUGAGAAGAUUCGGCUAGCGAUUGAUUCUCAAAAGAUUAACCGACGACACGCUUACAUCCUGUUUUUCAACAGCUUGGAUGUCGAAUUUCAAUUAAAGGCAUCCACUUUGCGCAAGAUGAGCUUUCAAGAUAUCUCCCUGAGUCGUCAUCGAAGCCUCCGAUUCCACAACACUGUGACUGUGGUGUAG